AUGAUAAAAUUGUUUUCGUUGAAACAGCAAAAAAAAGAUGGAGAGGCUAUUCCCAAAACGGGUACUCAAAAAAAAGCAUCAGCUGCUCAGCUGAGAAUCACUAAAGAUAUAAAUGAACUUAAUCUACCCAAGACAUGUAGUACAGAAUUUCCAGAUCCGGAUGAUCUACUCUCAUUUAAAUUGAUCAUUUGCCCGGAUGAAGGAUUUUACAGAGGAGGAAAAUUUAGUUUUAGCUUUAAAGUCGGCAUGAAUUAUCCUCAUGAGCCACCUAAGGUCAAAUGUGAAACAACAGUUUACCAUCCAAACAUUGAUUUAGAUGGAAAUGUUUGUUUAAAUAUAUUAAGAGAAGAUUGGAAACCUGUUUUAACAAUUAAUUCAAUCGUAUAUGGCCUUCAGUAUUUAUUUUUGGAACCAAAUCCAGAAGAUCCAUUAAAUAAAGAAGCAGCAGAAGUACUUCAAAACAAUCGACGACUUUUCGAGGCAAAUGUACAGAAAGCAAUGAGAGGAGGUUAUGUCGGAUCAAUUUUUUUCGACAGAUGCUUAAAGUGA